UUUGCCCUUGCCUAACCCACGGAUGUACCCUCUAACCCACUUUCUCUCUAGUUAACCGUGUAGCCUGCAUGAUCACACCGGGAUAAAGUAACCUGACAGGAAAAUGUCUCGGGCUGCGGAAAGACUCAGACUGAUGAUCAAUCACCUUGAUCGAUCAUCUGCCACGAUCAGUGCUGUACCAACUUACGCUCAAACCUUCACCAGUCGCCCACAGACAUUGAGAUUCACUCAUGAUACCGACCUGCUGACCCCAGAACAGCGACUCUUCUAUGAGGAAAAUGGCUUCCUCCUCAUCAAGAAUCUGGUGUCUGAAGAGGACAUCGAUAAGUUCAGGAUGGCAUUUGAACGGAUCUGUCGACAGGAAGUGAAGGUUCCUGGUCUGGUGGUGAUGAGGGACGUGGCAAUUGUUAAGUCAGAGUUUGUUGCUGAUGAAAAAGCGGUUUCCAAACUCCAGGAUUUCCAGGAAGACCCUGAACUGUUCCGUUACUGCAACUUACCACAGAUUCUGAACUAUGUGGAGUGUUUCACUGGACCCAACAUCAUGGCCAUGCACACAAUGCUGAUCAACAAGCCUCCUGAUGCAGGUAAGAAGACGUCUCGUCACCCGAUGCAUCAGGAUCUGCAUUACUUCCCGUUCCGCCCAGCAGACAGUAUCGUCUGCGCUUGGACGGCAAUGGAGAAAGUGGACAGGCAGAACGGCUGCCUGGUCGUGCUGCCGGGAACACACACCGGCACGCUGCAGGAGCAUGACUACCCAGAGUGGGAGGGUGGCGUAAACAAGAUGUACUAUGGAGUGCGUGACUAUGAUCCGAAGCAGCCCAGGGUGCACCUGGAGAUGGAGAAGGGCGACACUGUCUUCUUCCAUCCGCUGCUGAUCCAUGGCUCUGGCAUGAACAGGACGCAGGGCUUCCGCAAGGCCAUCUCCUGCCACUAUGCCAGUGCUGAAUGUUAUUACAUUGAUGUGAAGGGAACGUCUCAGGAAAACAUAGAGAAUGAGGUGAAGGACAUCGCAAACAGAAAGUACGGUUUGGGCGAAAUUUCCUUCAAGGACAUCUGGGCUCUCCGAGGCCGUCUGGUGCAGGGAGAGAGGAUUUCCCUAUGAAGGCACCACAGGCGCUACCAACAGACCCCACACCGUUGCAGGGUGAAGACCGCUGGUCUGAAAUCAGAACACAUUUAUAUGGUUUUGGAUAAUAUACAACAGUGCUGAGCAUUCUUAUCAUGCAAUCCCGAAUUUCCUUUACAAACAAAGGAAUGUCAUUUAUAGAUUAUUUACUGUUUAUUUAAUUAAGGCUUCAGAAUUUGUGUUAAUUGUAACAUUCUGAAAAUGUAAUCUAGAGCAUGUUGUUUUAACAGGGAAUAUAAAGACAGGAAAUACUAUUUAAAUAGAAAAUGUCAGGUUCCUCGUAAGCAAAUCGGUACACAGUAAAAUGGAAUGAACCUUGAUUACACCUCCUGCUACUUGCUGAACAAAAUCUUACAGCACAAAAUGGAGUUGAAAUCUUAGCAAAACAAUGGAAUAGAGUGAAUGCAUCUGUUAAAUGUCAAUAAAAUAGUUUUAAUUUCCAAAACAUUAUUAAGAGUAAUGAAAGAUGAUAUUUAAGCAGAAAUGUGUGAAUAGU